ACUGGUUACGUGUACUGUAAGGCUGCUCCACAGUUGUGCUUGACUGCAUCCAGUACCAGAGUGGAGAGUACACUGCUGGGUACAGAGUCAGCUGUAAGUGGGUUUGCUGUCUGUAUGCAGAAGAAAUCGCUUGGCAACCCAGGGCAAGUCUGGAGAUGUACACCUGAAGCAACUAUUUACUCUGAGGCUUACCCCAACUUGCUGCUGACCUACCUUGGAAACAAGAGAAGUGUUGAUGAUUGCAGCACAGAUGUCAACAACAGUUCUGCUGGACCAUCAGGUGGAGCUGCUUUUCUUAUAGUGGCUGACCCAUUGCUAAAAAAGUAUAAGAGUGCACAAAGAUUUGCUUUCAAACAAGAGAAUUUUCAUAACCUUGGCCAGUGGAAGAAAACUGAGCACUCAAACCCUGAGUGGAAUAAACUUGCCUACUCAUGGCCUGUCAGAGCAGACGGACAACUGAACAAAGAGUAUGACUGGCCAAUGGAAGGUUUUAUCAUUCCAAAUGCACCACCCUUACAAAAGCCAGGAAGUAACCUAGAAAUAUCUGGAACAACACCAGUUAGGCUGAGAGUCUUAAAAAACUUUGAGCCUAAUGUGGACUUGGCUGUCAGUGUUGUAGGACCGAACUUGACCAAUUUUCUGCACACCUGCACUGGGCUCCUAAAUCUGCCCCACGCUGCGAGGAGACUUUUUGACAGCCAGGGAAGAGAACUGUUUACAAUCCAGAACUUAGAGAGGGAUGCUCUAGUCUAUGUUUCCUGUGGAGAAGCCUGGGCAGGAACCAGUGUUUCUCGUAUUGAGCAGAAACGUCGAUUUUUGCUGAAUCAGCUAUCUGCAGAUGUGGCUAAAAUUCAGCAGUAUUGUUCUCUGAGAAAUCCUGAGGAUUUUGUCUUGGAGGUUAAUGGACCUCUAGCUCCAAACUCUGGUCUUACCGUGAACAAGCUAUGGUCGCCUGUUUCUGGUCCCCACCUUGAGACAAACGAAGGAUCUCAGACAAAAGGCAGCAGUGACCAGCCUCUAACUGCCCACCAGAGGGCUCACAAAGGGUCAGAAGAGCGUUUGAAUUCUUUGAAAUGGCCUUGGGAAAGACUCGUCAAUGUCUCCAACAGUAUGGAUAUGGAUGAUCCAGAAGCUAACAAGUAUACAGACCGGGAUCUUUAUGAGAAGUUUAAGCCUCAAACUAUAAAUCGUGUGACUCGAGACAUGUUUCAACAAUUUGAAUAUGUAAAUGAAUACAUUGCACUUGCUGCGGAUCAAAAUCUGGUUCUUUCAGUCAGUGAGACUGAAGGCCGAGUUACCAGUGUGGUUUUAGCCAAAAGGAGGCCAGACGACAUUAAUCAAAGAUGGAUUAUUAAAGAAAAUGGAGAAAUUCAGGCUAGGCAUAAGCAGAAUAUGGUGCUGACGGUAAUCAUGCCUGCAACAACACCUGAUGGACAUGCCUGUUUGUCAUUUGCUGGUUGUCCUGUUGUUAUUCAAACAAGGUGUAGCAGUGCUUAUGGCAGGUCUCAUCAGAUGUGGCUUUAUGAUGGAGAGACUGGUCUCAUUAAAGCAUUUCAUUCUGAUACUCAAGAUAAAGAAAUAACCGCUGCCAACAGAGCAGACGUGUGCACAUACGCCAUAACUCGAGGAGCAGAAAUAGAUCAGCCUGGCUACCUUGUAGAAAUUGACGGCCAACAACAUCAUAUGUGUAUGUCCUGUGCUCGUGCUCUGAGGGGAAGGUAUAAGGUCCAGAGGUUGCCACCAAACACAAGUUUCCACUGUGCCAUGGGAGAUGCAAAAAAACUACAAAUACAACAAGCUGGCAGCUUCAAGGUCCUAAACAAUAAGGUUGACCUGUCGACCUUUGAGGCGGACAUCAGUCUUCAGUAUUGGAGGGACACAUUGCAUAACUUGAAGCAGCAGACCAGCGUGCAGACAAUCAUGAAAGAGAUCAGUGCAGCCAGAACUGUCAUCACAGUCAAGGUGAUGGCUUACAAGAAUGGAGAAGGCCGGCUUCGGAAGGGAGAACUCAUUUGUGGAUCCAGUAUAGCUGGGAUUCUAGCAAACUGCACCAGCAGGUUGGGUUUGAGUUCAGCUGCCCGUAGAAUGUAUCUGGAAGAUGGAUCUGUGGUCUUAGAUAUUGAUGACCUGGUGAAAUUUGCUACAGAAAACUGCAAAACAGAAAUGAUAAACAGCAUACUACAGAAAGGGGAUCAUUACAGCCAGCACACCAAGGAAGAACAUAAGAGCAUACAAGAACGUGAUAAACUUCUCGAAAACAUAGACCUGCCUCCCUUAGACGUCAUUCUUCGUGCUCCAAUAGAAGUCUGGGUCUCAAGUGGAAAAGCUUUUGUCAGCCCUGAAACUGUAGAAUCCAAAGAAGAGAAUUUCCGCAAGAAGAGGCAGUUUCGAGCUCAGGUUUGCCAGGCUCUUGAAAUUGAGAAACACAUUUUGAGACAACUGAAGGGCAGACGUUUGGAGCAGAAGAAACCAGCGGUGUAUCGAUCCACAUUGAGUAGCCAGCAACCAGUGGUGAUAGAGCAGCAGUGGCAGGCGCCAACAGUAGAGGAACAAGACAAACAUCUUUCUAUCGAGAAACUACAGACACACCUGAGUGAAAUUCGAGCCAAUCAGCAAGAAGGAAAAGUUGUUUUUAAAGGAGUCAAUCUCCAGAGCAAGCUGUAUGACCAACCCAACAUGAAACGUGUAGCAGUGUUCCCAAACGGGAUGUCUGCAGAUAAAAGUGUUUAUGUCUGGGGCAAACACUAUACAGGAAAUUUUGGACAGUGCAUCUUUGAAGCUGAACUUUUGGAAACAGCCUUGCAUAUUAUACGAUAUGGAUGGCAAAAAGAUUGA